GAAAAAAUGGAUAGUGUUGAGCAGGAGGAGGUGGUGAAGUUAAUUUUUGGGGAGGAGGCUCCAGAUGGGUGGAGGGACAACAAGGAGUUCAUCCUGUAUCUAACAGAACUAGGAACACUAGGUGCGGAUAGAUUAACUAUAGAACCUGAGAGAGUUAAAGAUGAACUUUCUACAGUUCAGAUGCAGACCCAAGAGCUAGCGUUCUCUAACUACAAGACGUUUAUCCAGACAUCUGACUGCUCAAAGCAGAUCUACUCGGAGUUCGGGAAUACGGAGAACCACCUAGAGAACCUGGUGGAGAAAAUGCCAGGGUUUCUGGAAAAAUGUGAAAUUUUCAAGAGCAAGGCGAGUGAAAUUUCAACCCACAGGAGGUUGACUAGUUUAACCCUGUCGAAGCACACGACCCUGCUGGAGAUACUGGAGCUCCCCCAGCUCAUGGAUACCGUGGUCAGGAACCAACAUUACGACGAAGCAUUAGAACUGCACGCCUACGUGACGAAGUUGGCCAAGAAGCAGCCCGAGGUGAAGAUAUUGGCAGAUAUUUCCAGGAACGUGAGCAAUAGCGUUAAGCUUAUGCUCCAGCAGUUGUUAGCACAGCUCAGGUCUCCCAUCCAGCUGCCCCAGUGCUUGAAGGUGAUCAGUUAUCUCCGGAGAAUGGAUAUAUUUACAGAGAGUGAACUCCGACUCAAGUUCUUACAGGCUCGUGAAACCUGGUUACAGUCGGUGACGAAUACGGUUGCCAGAGAUGAUCCUUAUCUUCAUAUUACCAGGACGAUGGAAGUUAUGCGUGUUCAUUUAUUCGAUAUAGUUACUCAGUACAGAGCCAUAUUCUCAGACGAUGCAUUCUUCGUAGAAGCUGACAAUAGCAUGUGUGAUAACAGGUUGCUGUUCUCCUCCUGGUUAAGCAGGAAGAUAGAGGAGUUCCUCUGUACUCUAGAGAUGGACCUGGAGCAGGAUAUCGGAUCCAUGGAGUCUCUCAUGGGACAGGCAAUGUACUUUGGAUUGAGCUUCAGCCGGGUUGGCUUUGACUUUAGACCCUUGCUCGCUCCAAUCUUCGAGAAAAGGAUUUUAGCGCAGUUUAACAAGCUUAUCUGCUGGGACAACAAUGUUAAGGUGGUUCAGGAGAGUUUUGUUGGAUUCAAUCUGGUUAAAGCUAGUGGACUGCAAUUCAGUUUUCAACCACAGGCCGAGGCUACCCAGCCCCCACUGAUACUACUGGAGUUUCCACCUUUAGCUCAUGCUUGCAAUAUUAUAUUAUCUGCAUUUAAUGCCAUCAGACUAUGUGCUCCUUUAUCUAUUUGUGGUUCUGUUACUUCCAGUUUACAGAAUUUCCUGGCCGAGACAGUCAACCUUCUGCUAGCUUACCACCGGUCAAACUCAGCUAAAUGGAGGGAUACAGAGAAACUUGGAUUUAAGAACCUUUGCCUUGUAUUUAAAUCUGUUCUGCUACCCUACAUUCAGCAGUGCUUGUCCGCGCUUUUCCCGCCAAAUUAUUUAUCCGAAAUUUGCGGAUUUUCCAGUUCAGAUUUGCAGAGCAGAAAACUAGGAUUUAUUAUUCAAGCCAAGAUAUGCCUACCCAUCCUAGACUUUAUGCCAGAAGAGCCUGAUGAAUUGAUAAUCCCUCCUCCCCCUGCCAGUGGGACUGAAUAUGUUGCUGAUAGAAUGGAAGAACUAGCUCUAGCUGUCCAAGAAGGAGUAACUGAGAAUGGAAAUUCUAAAGAAGACGUUUAUCACAACGGAGAUGUCUCUGAUGGCAGUGCUGUAGCAGAUAAAGAAGCUCUGGGAGAGAAUGAUACUGGAGAAGUGACUACCGAGGUUGAAGUUACAGAAAAAGAUGUUUCUGGAGAUUCUGUGGGCCCUGUUAAUCCUCUGGAACCAGUUGUUAAUGAAGAACCUAUUGAUCCUGUUGGACAAAUUGAUCCUGGAGAACCAAUUAAUCCUCUGGAAUUUUUCCAAUCAUAAGACCAAGUUAAAGAAUGCAGAUUUUUCGGAAUUUAAGUAAUUUUACUUUUUCACCUGUGAUACAUACACUUUUCUAUUUUACGUUGCAACAGUUCUGUCAGGAAAGAUUUAAAUUUACAUUUAAGAUAUUUUUAUAGUUAAACAUGUAUGUAUAUAUUUUAUUUCCAGAA